AUGUAUGGUGAAACAACUGAAAAUUAUUUUAUUAUAUCCAUGUCUAAACCAUUAUUAAUGCCUAUACUAUUACUUUUAUUCUUACUAAAUGCACAUAAAAAUUUAUCUCUCGAACGUAUUUUUGUAGUAAUAUCAUUGGUAUUUUCCUGUAUAGGUGAUAUAUUAUUAAUGCAACGUCGAAAUGAUUUAUUUGUCUAUGGUUUACUUUCUUUUUUGAUUGUUCAUAUUAGUUAUGUGAUGUCAUUUAUGGUUAGACUUCACCAUGAAGGAGAUGCAUUGAAACGACGAUUAACUAUAUCUGCAAUAAUAAUUGCACUAAUUCCAUUUAUAGCAUAUAUAGCACUUAUGCUCUACAUACUUUGUCCAAAAUUAAAUACAGAUGCAGAAGAAGUCAAAGGUUUACUAAUGCCUGUGAUAUUUUAUACAUUUAUAAUUGUUGGUAUGGCUUAUAUAUCGUAUUUACGUGAUCGAAAAUCUCCCGGGUUUUGGUCAGUUUUUAUUGGUGCAAUAUUUUUUGUUUUGUCAGAUUCAUUUAUAGCUUUCAAUCGAUUUGUUAUACCUAUACCAGUAUCAGGUUUAUUCAUUAUGUUUACAUAUGGUUUAGGUCAAUAUUUAAUUACAAUCGGUACUUUACAAAUAACUAUGAAACAUCCGAAAACUAUUUAA